AAAACAUAUUAAAUUCCUCGGUCCGUAGAUUUAGUACAUUCGUCAUUUUGUAUAUUUCAUUUUGCUUCACUCGUUUCAGAAUUAUUGAGUUGGAUUUGAUUAUUUAAAUUAAUACAUAAAAUGAAUCAAGGUACUAUAGCGGCAGAAACUAUAAGGAAGCUUCGAAAAAUUUUUAAUUCUGACUUGAAAAAUAUUUUGGCUCAAAAUGCCUGCUCCCGAUUUGAUCCCUUUGAGAUUUGCAUGAAACGUAGUUCUUUGCAAAAUGUUCAGCAUGUAUAUAAAUAUAAGGUUGAGGCCGAAGGAAAACCUGUAACUCAUCAAAAACAGACGGGAAGAUGCUGGCUUUUUGCAGCAAUGAAUGCUUUAAGAAUUCCUUUCUGCAAGGCUUUCAACUUAGAAGAGUUUGAGUUUUCCCAAUCUUACUUAUUUUUUUGGGAUAAGAUAGAACGCUCAAAUUAUUUUUUGCACACUAUUGCUGAAACAGCACUUCGAAAAGAGCCCAUUGAUGGUAGGCUUAUGGCCCAUUUACUUUCAAAUCCUACGAAUGAUGGUGGUCAGUGGGAUAUGGUACUAAAUUUGAUUAAUAAAUAUGGAAUUAUGCCAAAGAAAUGCUUUGCUGAAUCAUUUAGCAGUGAAGCAUCUCAAAAAUUAAACAGCAUCUUGAAAAGUACACUGAGACAGUACGCCUUGGAGUUGAGGAAGAUGGUAGAUGUUGGAGCUACAGAAUGUCAAAUGAAUCAACGUAUUGAAGAGAUGAUGGUAACUGUUUUUAACAUAGUUUCCAUUUGUUUAGGUCUUCCAGAUGAAAUGAUAACUUGGGAGUAUGUUGAUAAGUCCAAAACUUAUCAUUCAAUCGGCCCAAUUACUCCACAAGAAUUUUAUAUCAAACAUGUUAAACCGAUUUAUGACUUUGAUAACAAGGUAUGCUUGACAAAUGAUCCUCGACCAGGCAAUCCAUUUCAUAAAGCUUACACUGUAGAAUUUUUAGGUAAUAUGGUUGGAGGAAGAGCAACUUUGUAUAAUAAUCAGCCCAUAGAAACACUAAUGGAAGCUGUUGUUAAGUCUAUAAAAGCAGGUGAACCAGUUUGGUUUGGCUGUGAUGUUGCCAAAAGAUAUUACGCAAAAGGCUUGCAUAGUUUAGAUUUGUUUGAUUUCUCACUUGUAUUUGGUGUCAAUCCCAGUGAAGGCAUGAGUAAAGCUGACAGAUUAUUAUAUGGAGAUUCUUGCAUGACCCAUGCCAUGGUUAUAACAGCAUGUAGUGCAGAUGAAAAUAACAUAGGAACCAAAUUCCGUGUGGAAAAUAGCUGGGGUGAAGAUCGUGGAGAAAAGGGGUACCUUAUGAUGUCUGGUGAAUGGUUUAAAGAAUUUGUAUUUGAGGUAGUCGUUGACCGCAGUCACUUAUCACCUAGUAUUCUUGAAGUAUUCAAUCAGACUCCGAUGGUUUUACCAGCUUGGGAUCCAAUGGGAACCUUAGCAAAUUCCAAUUGAAUCAAUGUAAAUGUAAAUAAAAAUGAUUUUUUCUAGAUGUAAAAUGUAAACAUUUUGAUACUC